UGCAGUGUAACUACACUAUCGUGGCGUAGUAACACAGUAUUGCCCUGGACGACAGACUCUCUUCCAUUAUUGUCCGAAGUGUAUUUCGUGUCAGCAGCGCUGGUUCGUAGUGGAGUUUGUGUAGUGUGCCGGUAAUAUCUAGCAGAAUCUGCGAUGGCUGACCAACUCACAGAAGAGCAAAUUGCAGAGUUCAAGGAGGCGUUUUCACUCUUUGACAAGGAUGGUGACGGUACGAUAACAACUAAGGAAUUGGGCACAGUGAUGCGGUCACUUGGUCAGAACCCAACGGAAGCUGAGCUACAAGAUAUGAUCAAUGAAGUAGAUGCUGACGGUAACGGAACGAUUGACUUUCCCGAAUUCCUAACAAUGAUGGCGCGUAAGAUGAAAGACACUGACAGUGAAGAAGAGAUCAGAGAGGCGUUUAGGGUAUUCGAUAAAGACGGCAAUGGUUUCAUCUCAGCUGCUGAACUGAGACACGUUAUGACAAAUCUUGGCGAGAAGCUUACAGACGAGGAGGUCGAUGAGAUGAUAAGAGAAGCUGACAUCGAUGGUGACGGUCAAGUCAAUUACGAAGAAUUCGUCACAAUGAUGACAUCAAAGUGAAUACAAACCAUGGUUUGGAAUAAUUCACAACUAGGAGUGGUGUUGAUAAUAAAGUGGAUACCAGAAUAUAAAGCUAUCAUCAACACUUAACAUAAUACUAUAAUAAUAAGUAAUAAAGAUAAUUAAUACCAACCAUCUUCAUCGUCGGCAACAAAAUCUUAAGAGUAUAAAUAUUGAAACUGCAUUUCUGCUCUCCAGUCUUAAUACAUCGUGAAUUGGAAAUAUUUAACAGUAUCAUGAAAAGUUGGAGUAGAUCUUUGAAUAAAGUUUGAUGUAAUUUACAAGUAAUAAGUAAAGUACUGUAGAACAUUUGCGAUAAUCAUCAAAUUUUGUUCAAAGUUUGUGUAAUUUUUUUAAGAAAUAUAUUCAGGUAUUGUGUUUGAAUUAAUAAUAACUCUGAAAUUCACCCUUCGUAUCUUGUUUUAAUUCUACAUGUCCGUGUUUAAUGGGAAAAAAGAAUAGUAAGAAAAAAAGGAAAAAAACAACAUGGUUUGAGAGAUUAUUUGAAAUUUAUGUACCGUAGUAUUAUAAAUUAUAAACUCUUAACGGAAUCACAUUCUGAUAAAUUGAAAGUCCGUGUUACAUAACAAUUUGUGGCAUGAUACUCGGCUCAAUGAGACAAAGGAAUGUAUCGCGACCCAUUAAUAGGUUAAUAGUAAUUUAAAAUAGUGUUGGUUUAUAAUUUAAUUUAUACAAUUAAUAUGUGAGAAAAGUAACGAAGAAAAAAAACAUUGUUAAUUAACACUUGAUUUUAUCCAAACAGUAUAUAUUUAAUUUUUAAUACCAUAAAUAACGACCACCACGUAAAGUAAAAGGAAGUGGGGACACACAGGGAUCGUGUCUGACUGACCCUGUUAACAUUCCUUCUCAUCCCGGACUGUAUGAAAAACACCCUCACUCGAUUCAACCUGACCUGACCAACAUUUAACAUGUUUGUAGACAAACAAACGAACACGACACACCUCUCCUCGAUACGGGGACUGCACUGCACAACAUCAGCACCACUUUUCGAACUAUCGAUCGGUGCACUUUCUGGCACUAGUUUGACUAUUGCACGGUUAAUGGUGCAACAGACUGGUUGGCUGGAGCCAUCACACGUCUUAAUGUUACUUAACCAACGCCGAUAUAAGACCAUCGGAUCAGUCAUAAUACAUGUAAUAUAUAUUAUAUAUUAAAUUAAAAUUCCUCCACAGUCUUUAUUUAAUAAUGUAUUUGGUGACCUAGGUUGCAUUGAUUAUAAAAGACAAAAUAAAUGUAUCCUCAUUUUUAGGUCA